GUCGCGUGUAUCGUGCGAUCUUCGAUGGCGGCGUUGUCGCUGUAUGUGGACCCCUACAGAGUUGGCUACGGGGCAGUCAAAUGUCUCGUAGAGGAACUACCUCCGGUUACAAGUCAAAACAAAUCCCGCGAAUAUUUCGUAAUCGUCGAGGUCUGUGCUCGGUUCGCGGCUGGGCGCAGGGAGACGUCGGCAUCGCUGUCGGUUCGAUAGGUUACGGUCAGACGAGUCUGUUGCCCGUUUCGCCGGAUGAGGACAAAAGGGAGGUAACCAGUAAAAAAGGAAAACAGAAAGCGGUAACGAACGACGAGGAAGAGACCGACGAGAAGGAGGAGGAGGAAAAGGAAGAGGACCGAGUUGAAGACCAACGUGAGUGGAACGAGGACGAGCGGACUGGGAGCAACCUUGUCGCGUGCGGCUGCUCGAACGUUGUCGACGGGAUCGAGGAUAAGGCCGCCGAUGUCGAGACCGUAGCCGACAUCGAGAAAUGGUUGAAAACGCGAACGGAGUCCGUGUCGAGCAUGGAUCUCGACGGAAUGAAGUCCGAGGAGGGCGUCGACCGGUACCUGGGCGAGGAGCUCCAGCAUGCUUUCCUGGGAAAGGACCCUGACGGUCUGUCGAUCGACAUCGAUAUGUCCGACAAGAAACUCAACCUCACGGGUUACGACCCGUUGCUGCAGGAGCUGCAGAACGAGAAGCUGCUCGACGAGAAGGACGGCUUCAUAUUGCCAGAAUUCCAGCUGGAUCAUUUGGAGACGCUCGCGUUGUCUCCAGACGACAUGAUGAUCGCCGGCGAGAUAUUACCGUCGACGAGCGCUCAACUGACCCUGAGCGUCCCCCACAGGGACGUCGAAGGGAUGUCCCCGGAGACCGAACCGAGCUCGUUGAUGAAAAUAGUCACUGUUCCGGACAGCCAGGAAUCACAGAAUAAGUCCACGCAGGUCGUCGUGGAUGACUUGCAUGGUAUAGAUAGCGCGGAUAAGGAAGUUCGGUUGCCGAAAGACAACAGCUCUUCGGAGAAUAAUAUGAAUCUCUAUGUGCAGGAUCUCAGUUCAGAGAACACGAUGCAAGAGCUGUCGGACGGGAAGCUGGUCGACAGCGACUCUGAGAGCAUGAUAGAACAAUUGAAAACUAGAGCCAAGGCAAAGCUGGAGCCGCGUAUCAUUAAGAAACGUAGAAGGAUGCAACGAUCGACGGAGAGAAACAUAGAUAACGAAGCUAAACCGUCUGGAGACGACGUCGAGGACGACGAGAACGGCGUGAUGGCCGUCGUCGCCAUAUCAACGGACAAAAUUUCAAACAUGACGCAAAUCGUUAUAAACACCGGGAAAGAAGAGCAGAUAUAUCAAGGGAAAACUUCCGAGCUCAUAGAAGCCACUGGAAAUAUUCCUAUAUUGCCAAAAAUAGAGACUGCGACCGUGUGGAACGGAACGAUGGAGCUCAAUACAGAAAAUCUUAGCAACCAUCACGAGAUGGUGAUAUCGAAAGCCCUAGAAGAGUUAGGGAUCACGGAUGAUAAUUUACAGCCCGUGUCCGUUAACGAGCACGGGAAAGUGUGGCAAUGCUUUCGCGAAGAUUGCAACAGACAAUUUAAUAAACUACACGCUCUGAAAGGCCAUUUACUAGCGCAUUACGGUGUUAAACCCUUUAAGUGUGACUUCGACGGUUGCGCCUGGGCAUUUUACUCCGAGUUCAAGUUGAAACGGCACAAGGAGACGCAUUUAAAACGGAAGGACUACGUCUGCGAGAUAGAAGGAUGCAAUCGUCGAUUCACGACCAUUUACAAUUUGUGGAGUCACACGAAGUUGCACAGCCGCCCGAAUAAAAUAUUGUGCCACGUACCAGACUGCCAAGCGAAGUUCCAGACGAAACGGGCAUUGGAACUGCACAUGAAGUCGCACGAUCAGAGCCACGCGCCGUACGUCUGCAAGCACGAAGGUUGCGGAAAGAGAUAUUACAGUAGUAACGCGUUGACGUCGCAUCAGAGGUGUCACAGUUACAAGGACGUGGACGUGAAAUGUUCGUGGCCAGGCUGCGGCAAGGUGUUCGACAAGCCCUGCAGACUGAAAGCGCACAUACGCUCGCACACCGGUUGCAAACCAUACCUCUGCACGUUCCCGGACUGUCAUUGGGCAUUCUCGUCCUCCAGCAAGUUGAAGAGGCACCAGAAGAAACACACGAACGAACGGAAGUUCGUCUGCGACGUUCCCUCCUGCGGGAAGGCGUUCAUGAGAUCGGAACAUCUCAAGGAGCACAGAUUGACGCAUAAAGACGGACGUUACUUUCGGUGUUUCAUAUGCCACGCGCAGUUCUCUGCAAAAAGCAGCUUGUACGUUCACAUCAAGAAGCAUCAAGUGAAAGAGGGAGAGACGGACCCGCACGAUUCGUUCGGCGGCCAGACGAAAAAGAACAAACCGAGGGAACCGCAGUGCUCCAGAGCGAAUCCCGUUUUGAAGUCUAAACGAAAGUCAAUAGAUCUGAACGUAAACGCUUAUCUGAACAUGUCGUCGUUGUCAGAUAAAACGGAAGACGAGACGGUCAUUAGUAAUAGCGAGAAUCAAACCGAAGACGACGACGCAGUGCCUCGACGGGAUCGAUCCAAAACUCUGUAUUAUUGUCCGGUCGAAACUUGUACGCGUUCGUACACUACGAAGGCGAGACUAAGGGCGCACAUGUCCAAGGUACACGGUACACCCGUCGAGGAAUCCGAUAAGACGCCUGAAACGAUCGCCGAUGACACGGUCUGCGAUAUGGACUACAUCCUGUACACCGUUCCGGCGCCAGAGCAAACGGAGCAGAUGAUCAUGGUCGCGCCCUGCGACGCUGUGAUUGUCGAUGCCGCGGAGACGAACAGCCCUCUUCGCGAGCAGGAAUCGCCGCAUUUCGACGACUCGCUGAAACAACCGGAAGCUCGUUCGGCCGGCACGGCUCCAGAUCAGAAGCGAUCGAUCGAUCAACACGCGAAGAAGGAUCAGGGCUCGGCGCGUACCGAUUUCACCAUCUCCGACGUGAGGAGAUUGAAAGCGAACGGUGCUGUUUCGAACUCGGGCGUCGGCGCGUCCGACGUCGUGUUAGGUGCGAACGAUAUGGAAGAGGGUUUAUUUCUCACCGAGGAAUUGCCUUCGAUGUAUUAUCAAGACGACGCGGCGGGUACGGAGUAUCAGGAUGAGGAUGAUGAUGAGGAGGAAGUUUUAAUAUGGUCUGUGAUCCGAAGGCUUGUUCUCAGCCGUACGUUCACUUAUACUGCAGUCCAUAAUUGCUUCAAAUCGUUAUUUUAUUAAUAAAUUGUUGCUAUUUUUCCAGAAAGUUUAUACAUUGUUCCAUUGUACAUAGCAUUCCUGAAACCUCGUGUGUACAUACAGCUGUUAAUGCACAAUAUCUCUUCGCUACACUCUGACAAACGAGUUCACAUUUUGUAACGUACACUGCACCGUUUCGUACAUUGGAAUUUUUAUUGUCACGUAAUUCAGUAGUUUUGAGAUUCAAUAAAACGAAGUACAUAUGAAA